GGCCGAGGAGGAGGAGGAGGGGAGGCGGGGAGGCUCAGGACGACGCCGCCGUCGGCGCGGGGCUGGGCGCCAGGUCCGCGGGGUCGCCCCCGUCCGGCCUCGGAUGGCAGCGGCGCUUCCCGGCCCGCCCGGGGCCCCCGCGGCGGGCAGACGCCGCCUCCCACGGCCGGGACAGUCGCCGGCCUUAGGCUCCGUAAAGCACCCGUGGCCCCCGACCUGGUGGCUCGUCGCGGGACCCGUGACACCCCGACCGGAAGGUCUGCUGGGCCCCGAGGAGGAGCUGCGGCCCCAGGCGCCCGAGGGAUGGGGUCGGAGAGCAGUGCCCUGAAGAGCUACACGCUGGAAGCGCCACCGUUCACCUUGCCCUCCGGACUGGCUGUCUACCCUGCUGCCCUGCAAGAUGGCAAAUGCGCUUCGGUUUUUGUGUAUAAGAGAGAAAACAAAGACAAGGUUAAUAAAGCCGCCAAGCACUUGAAAACGCUUCGGCACCCUUGCCUACUGAGGUUUCUGUCCUGCACGGUGGAGGCCGACGGCAUCCAUCUGGUCACGGAGCGGGUGCAGCCGCUGGGAGUGGCCCUGGAAGCGCUGUCCCCCGCGGAGGUCUGUGCCGGGAUCUAUGACGUGCUGCUGGCGCUCGUCUUCCUUCACGACAGAGGCCACCUGACGCACAACAACGUGUGCCUGUCGUCUGUGUUUGUGAGCGAGGACGGGCACUGGAAGCUGGGCGGCAUGGAGACGGUGUGCGCGGUGCCCCAGGCCACCCCGGAGUUUCUGAGGAGCAUCCAGUCAGUGAGAGACCCUGCAUCUGUCCCUCCUGAGGAGACGUCUCCAGGCUUCACGACCCUGCCAGCAUCACACGGACACGCCAGGGACGCCUACUCGUUCGGGAUGUUGGUGGAACGCGUGCUCACGGUCUUGAGCGAGCAGGUUUCAGCGGGCGCCCUCCCCAGCUUCCGGCAGACCCUGCGCCCGGCUCUGCUGAACCCCUCGCCCCAGGGCCGGCCUGCGCUGCGCACCCUCCUGUCCCAUGACUUCUUCAGGAAUGAUUUUCUAGAAAUUGUGAAUUUCCUGCAAAGUUUAACAUUGAAGAGUGAAGAGGAAAAAGCAGAAUUCUUCAAGUUCCUGCUGGACAGAGUCAGCGGCUUGUCGGAGGAGCUCAUAGCCUCGCGGUUGGUGCCUCUCCUGCUCAAUCAGCUGGUGUUCGCCGAGCCCGUAGCUGUUAAGAGCUUUCUCCCUCAUCUGCUUGGCCCCAAACAAGCCCCCGCGCAGGGAGAGGCCCCCCGCCUGCUGUCGCCGGCGCUCUUCCGCUCGCGCGUGGUGCCCGUGCUGCUGCGGCUGUUCGAGGUCCACGAGGAGCACGUGCGCGUGGUGCUGCUGUCACACCUGGAGGCCUACGCGGGGCACCUCCCGCGGGAGCAGCUGAGGACUGUCGUCCUGCCGCAGGUGUUGCUGGGCCUGCGCGAUACCAGUGACUCCAUUGUGGCAAUCACUCUCCACAGCCUGGCCGUGCUGGUCUCCCUGCUGGGCCCCGAGGUGGUGGUAGGAGGGGAGAGAACCAAGAUCUUCAAGCGCACCGCCCCCAGUUUCACUAAAACUGUCGACCUUUCCCCAGAAGGCGAUCACUUUACGCAGCCUGUUAAAUUUCCCUUAAAUGGAAUCUCAGAUGUGAAGAGCACCUCGGGAGACACUGACAGCUUCCCAGGUCCUGACGAGUGGCCGGACUGGGGCGAGCCCGGGGAGCCUGGGGACCGAGCCGGCAGCACACAGGCUGGCCCCACCAAGGCCCCCCGCCCCAGCGAGGAGGAGACGUGGGGUGACGCCGGCCUCCACAGCGGCCCUGAGGAGCCUGCACUGGCCGGGGAGGCCACGCUUCUGCAGCCAUGCCCACCCCAAAAGCCCGAGCUCACACAACGCGGGGACCACCCUAGCCUGGCCGGGCCACCGAAGACACUGUCACAUGACAGGCGCCCAAAGCUUCCAUCGGAACUCGGUUUAGGGGAAGAGUUUACCAUUCACGUGAAGCAGCAGCCAGCACGCGACCCCGAGUUGGACUGGUUUGCGGACAUGACCCCAGACAUUAAACCUUCAGCUGCUCUUGUGUUGCCUGAACUGACGGCACAAAUGGUGGCUCCCAGCAAAGCCACAGCCUCACCGGUGGUGUUUUCCUCGAAAUUUGCUGCAGCAGCGACUGUGGAGGUGCCGGCUGAAGGCUGGGGAGAAGGGGAGCUCGGCUGGGACGACAGCAGCUGGUGACAGCGGCAGGGACAGGGUCCCCUGUUCAAGCCAAACUCGUACCUCAAAAGCAGGCUCUGCAGACAAGAGCCCAGAGCCCCCGUUCAGCACUGGGAGACGCCCUGGCAGGGAGCCCACGAGCAGCGGCUGGCUGUGGCCGGUUUCUAUCCCGAGCAAGUGGCAGUGGAAAGAGUGGCUCUGCUGCAUUUUGUCCAGGACAAUUCCGGAAGAAAAUAAAUACAAAGAUCCAAGCUUGAUUAGCUUAAUUUCGUGCCAUUCUUUAACAGAAGAGUAGGCUCUAUUAUGAAGUACAAAUAUACUAAAAUAGCAAUUUCAAAUCAUUUCUUUACCUAAGAUGUCCUUAGGCAGCUGGUUUCUCUACAGGUGUACGAGCACCCCCGGGCAGGCCCUGACUGCUCCACGUGUACCAAAGAGGGGGCCCCACGGUCUUGUACUGGGUCCAAUAAAGACUAUUUUCACUAGA